AUGGAAGAGGAGUUGGAAGAGAAAGACGACAAAAUCAGCGUGCUGAAGAAAGAGUCGACGCUCGCCAAGGCAGCGAUGUCCAUGUACGAAAAGCGGGUGGACGUCUUGGAAGAAAACCUGAAAACGGCUUGCAAGCGAUACGACGAGGAAGUGAAAAGCAGACGGAUUGUGGAGGCGGCCGCGAAAAAGGCAGACGAGCACGCGCAAUCCAUGGCCGAUAAGAAUUUCGAAUUGCAGCGAGAACUGUUAAGACGGCAACCCGAAGAGUCGUUGUACGAAAUGGAAGUGAGCAUCGGAGAGAAGGAGGAGUUGCGGCGAGCGCAAUCCGAUCUGGAGGAGGAACGGAAGACGGUUAUGCGAUUAAAGAGUGCGAUCGAGGACCUGAAAAAGGACCAAACGCGUCAUUCGGAGGUUUUUCGAGAGAACAAGAACCUGAAGGAGGAGGUGGAAGCUAACGCCAGGAAGAUCGAAAGUAUCGACGACGAACUUCGCGCGUCAAAACGGACGCUCGGCGACAGAGACAGAGUGAUUUCCGACAAAGAUCGAGCGACGUCCAACCUGAAGAAGGAAAUCGCCACUCUCAGAGACGAACUUCGUGCCGAAAAGGACAAGGUGGCAACAGCCGUGAAGGAACGCAGCAACGACGACGCCCAAA